AUGAUAGCAACAAGGCUCUGGGUUGCCGCCACCGCGGUUGCCAGUAUAGCCAGUCCAGUCACAGCAAGGUCAUUUCUCCCCUUCUCAAGGGAUGUGGCCAACGCGGAGGCCGAUCCCACCCUAUCCAAGGGCCAGAUCUUUGAGGACAUGCUGUCAGCGCUCAAGACUAUGCAGGACACCUACUUCCAGCCCUGGCUGGGAACAUGGCCUACCGCCAUCGACUGGACCGCCGCCGUCAUGGGCUCUCACGUCGCCGGUGCUCUCAGCUCGCUGUCUCGCGGCUUUGAGCAGAAGGAGCUGGCUGAGUCUAUCGACUACAGGGUUCGGGAGAACCUCAUCACAACCUACUUCUCCCAGCUCAUCAGCUACUACUUCGGCCAGGACGCAAUUGCCAUUCGGAACGAGGCUUACGAUGACAUCCUCUGGGUCGUCCUGGGCUGGCUUGAUGCUAUACAGUUCAUCAACUACCACGCAAAGCUCUACUACCCUUCCUCCCCCAUCGCGGACCCGCAGGGUGGCAUUGCUGGCAUGCUGCGCAAUCAGACCUGGUACGGAAACACCUGGAUCCCACCUUUUGCCCACCGAUCCCGCCUGUUCUGGGAGUUUGCCGUCAAGGGUUGGGACACGCGCCUCUGCGAUGGCGGGAUGAACUGGAACCCGCGCCUCGAGCCUUACAAGAACGCCAUCACCAACGAGCUCUGGAUCUCGGCAUCGGCCAACAUGUACCUCUUCUUCCCGGGGGACGAUAACACCUCCCCCUACAUGGCCGGCGCCAGCGGCCCGCACGACCCGGCCAAGCCGCACGAGCGCAAGUACCUCGACGCCGCCCUCGACGGCUACGCCUGGCUGUCCGCCUCGGGGAUGACCAACGACCAGGGGCUCUUCAUCGACGGCUUCCACAUCUCGGGCUACAACCAGAACUCGUCCAACACCAAGUGCGACGUCCGCAACGAGAUGGUCUACACCUACAACCAGGGCGUCGUGCUCACGGGCCUCCGGGGCCUGUGGACGGUCACCGGCGACGACAGGUACCUGCGCGACGGGCACCGGCUGAUCCAGAACGCCGUCAACGCCACGGGCUGGGACCUGCGCGGCGACCGCCCCGUCGACGACCUCGGCGGCCUGAAGCCGGGCCAGCUCCCGCCCUGGCGCGGCCUCGGCCGGGGCGGCGUCAUGGAGGACCAGUGCGACGUGUCGGGCGACUGCUCGCAGGACAGCCACACCUUCAAGGGCAACUACUUCCACCACUUCACCGCCUUCUGCGCGCCCCUCGACGUCGCCGUGCCGCCGGCCUCCUCCUCUUUCGCCUCCGGCUCCGUCGCCGGCGACCUGGCCGAGGUGGCCCGCGAGCACGACGCCGCGUGCUCGGCCUACGCCCACUGGCUGCGGCACAACGCCCGCGCCGCGCUCGCGACGCGCGACGGCAGGGGCGUCUUCGGCAUGUGGUGGACGGCAGGCCUGCUCAACCUCGGCGGCACGAGCGGCGGCGGCGGCGCCAUCGUGCCCACCACGCCCGACGGCGACGGGGAGCGCGGGGUCGACUACCGCACCUACGGCGUGCCCGACGACGACGUCUGGGUCCCGCACGGCGGCGCGAACGUGGCCCACUCGGCGGCGCGGAACCUGCCCGCCGCCGCGGCGUACAGGAGCGGCCAGGGCCAGGUGCCGCUGGACUCUUCGCGCGGUGGCAGGGGGCCGGGCGACGCGUCGGACCCCAACACGAGGGGCCGCGGCCGGACCGUGGAGACGCAGGGCAGCGGGCUGGCGCUGCUGCGGGCGCUGUGGGAGGUCGAGAACCGGAUGGCGAGGUGA